AUGCCCCGAGAUGCAGAGCCUUCCCUCAGCGAGAAGACCUUUCUCACCAAAGCACUAGAGGAAGGCUUGCGCCUGGACAAUCGCAAGUUUGAGCAGUUCCGGUCCUUGGAGCUCACCUUUGGGGAUGAAUUUGGCGUAGCAGAUGUCAAGUGCGGAAAGACGAGAAUUGUCGCCAAAGUCUCUGCAGAAGUAACCGUACCCUUCACAGACCGUCCCUUUGACGGCAUUUUCACAAUCUCCUCAGAACUCAGCCCCAUGGUCGCUCCCUCAUUCGAAGUAAACCGUCCCACAGAACAAGAAGUUCUCCUCUCAAGAAUUCUCGAAAAGACCAUCCGCCGGUCAGGCGCUCUUGACACCGAGUCCCUCUGUCUCAUCGCCGGACAAAAGUGCUGGUCCGUCCGCGCUGAUGUUCAUGUCCUGUCCCACGACGGAAACCUCCUCGACGUGGCGUGUUUCGCCGUUGUCGCCGCACUUCGUCACUUUCGAAAACCAGAGACCACCAUGGAUGGCGAGACGCUGACCAUUUACACACCGGCGGAGCGGGAACCCGUGGCGUUGAGUUGGCUACAUUCGCCGUUUUGCGUAACGUUUAGCUUCUUCGGGGAAGAAGGGGACACGGUGUUGAUGGACACAACGUGGCUGGAGGAGCAGUUGAGGGUGAGCAAUUGUACGUUUAGUUUGAACAAGCACGGGGAGAUAUGCCAGGUGUCAAAGCUGGGAGGGGCGGAUGUUGAUGCGCCGAUUUUUGUGAGGUGCGCGCAGUUGGCGCUGGAGAGGGUCAAGAUAUUUACGGACUUGGUGGAUAGGCGGUUGGUGGAGGAUGGUAAGAGUAGAGAUAAGGGCGGGUUGAUGGUGGAGUUGAAGGCUGAUAAUGACAGAUGA